UCCACUGUGUUGUUGUUUGCAAUGAUCAUGGCGAGUAACGAGGCAGAGAGCAAAGAGGAGGGAGAGGAACAGGUAACAAAAGUUGCAGCCGGUGAAGACGAAGAUACAGGAGCUCAGGUUGCUCCAAUCGUUAGGCUUGAAGGAGUUGUUGUUACCACUGGAGAGGAAGAAGAAGAUGUCCUUCUCGACUUAAAAGCAAAACUUUAUCGAUUUGACAAGGAAGGGAAUCAGUGGAAAGAGAGAGGUGUUGGAACCGUGAAGCUUCUGAAGCACAAGGAAACAGGGAAAGUUAAGUCUUCAAUGCUUCUUUGA